AUGUCAGGGGUAAAAAGCAUUCUUAAGCUCGCAAAGGCAUCACUAGAACAGAAUGAUCCCGAAGCAGCAUUGGAGCACUCAAAGGAAAUUAUAAAGCUUGACCCCAAAUCAUAUUAUGCAUUUGUUUUUCAAGGAAAGGCGUACCAGCUUUUAAAUGAUGUGCCCAAAGCAACCACUUCAUUCAAAAGAGCAAUUGAAUUAGAGCCUGACAACUUGCUAGCCUGGAAAGGUUAUUUUCAAGUAGCGAAAACCUCAAAUGAUUAUGAGCAAUUUUUCACAGUGUUGACCGCAUUAGUGAAAAUUUACAUUGAGCAAGGCGUGUCAAUCUCUGAGCUAUUGAAAGAUAUGAGAAGCUACUUGGAUGCAAACAAUGUGAAGGGAAAUGAAAAUUUGUACGAGUUUUACUUGAGAUCAAUUCUACCAGGUACCGAAUUGGGUGAGUUGAUUGGUUCCUCAAUUGAAUUGCCUUCAUCUACGUAUAAGAAGUUGAUUGACCUAAAGCAAACUCAAGUGGAGAAGGAAGUGGUUGCCAGGGUAUCAAAGGAAAGAAUAAAACUGGGAAGACUGUUAAACAUGGAACAAAAGGCAUCGUUAGAUGCAAUUGCGUGGUCUUUUUACUCCAGUACUGAUUUGCUAAAGUUGUAUGACGCAUUUUUGAAUAUUUGCGAUGAUGAGGAAUUGAGAAAAACUUAUCACGAAAAGUUGUUGAAGCUCAAGUAUGAAUUGUUGAAGAUCUGCCCUGACAAAGAGCCAUUGAUAAAGGAUAUCAAACAAUUGGCAGAAGAUAUGAUCUUUUUGAAAACGACUAGUUUAUUUUGUUGGAAUUUGUAUUUUGAUUGGAAAGAUGACGAAUCGGUAUUCGACUUGAAUGAGGAUCUAGUGAUUGAAUAUUUACAAUUGUUUCAGAAUGAGGGUUUAGGACUUGUUUUGUUUGGAUUUGUUAUGAGUGAUAUCUCCCCUUACAACAAAGACAAAAUCAUCAAGGCUUUGUCUGGUAAAGAGGUUGUGCCAGCAAAGAAGGGGAAAGAUAACGAGAGUCCUGAAUUGGAGAACAUGGCAAAUGUAAUUGACGACAAGGACGAUGAUAAUUCCCAGCUUUACUUGCCACAGGAAGAAGUUUUGGGAGUGUUAUUAGAUGGGUUUGGUAAAGCUAAGGGGUCAGUUCUUGCAAACAGAAUAAUUGUAAAUUAUUAUAUCCACUUGAGACAGUACCACGUGGCAUCCGAGAGAUGUAGAGAAGGAAUCAAGAUACUAGCUGAUCUUCAGCGGAGUUUUGGAGUUGACUUAAAGAAUACUAAAGAGAAUUUAUUGUGUUGUCUUGCUACUGUUUACACGUAUUAUGAAGCUCCUAAGAAUUACACUCGUGCUGUUCAAUUGUAUGACAAGAUUUUGUCAACCAAUCCCGAUAAUGUCAAGGCUAAAGUUGGCAAGGGGUUGAUUUAUGUUGAAAGAGGAGAAUUAGACGAAGCGAAAGUUCUUUUGGAGGAAAUUGUGAGAGAUUACCCAAAUAAUUUGGAAGCAGAAUCUGAAUAUUACUGGUGUUUAGUGAAGAUGGGCCGACACGUUGAAGGAAGGGAUGGGUUGCACAAAUUUUUGGCAAAGAUUACUGGAGGCGAUUUGCAUAGUCGGGACGUACGAGCAAUUGCCUAUUGGAGGCUAGCGAAAAGUUAUAUGGAUUGCGACGACCACGACGAGAGCUACAAAUGCUUGAUUGAAUCGUUGAAAAACUCGGAUUUAUACGCGCCAGCAUAUACUUUGUUAGGUGUACUUUUACAGGACUAUUAUGGCGACCUUGAGAGGGGGCAAAAAUGUUUCUAUAAGGCGUUUGAUUUAGAUUCCAAUGAAAUUACAGCUGCUAGGUAUCUUGUGGAACAGGCUGUCGAAAAGAAUGAAUGGGAAGUGGCCAAUGUGCUUGCUAAGCGAGUCGUCGACAAUGAGUCUACAAGAAGGCUCAUCAUGCGUGGUGAUAUUGUGGAUCCAUCGUGGCCAUAUAGGGUACUCGGUUGUGCCGCUUUAAACAAUCAGGAUGAUGCCAAGGCUGUGGAAUGGUUCCAAAAUGCACUUCGAACCAAUGCAGGUGAUUAUCAGUGCUGGGUGGGUUUAGGUGAGGCCUAUUUCAAUUGUGGACGACUUGAUGCAGCAGCAAAAGUGUUCCAACAUGCUUUGGAAAUGAGAGAGGAAAAAGAAUGGACAGUUCAGUAUAUGUUGGGGGUGGUUUUGUUUGAAAUGAAGGACUUUAACGAGGGGUUGAGUUAUUUGUACUCUGCAUUGGAAGCCAAACCUAAUGAGGAAUGUAUCAUUAGUGCGAUUUAUGAAGCAAAUAUUGAAAGCAGCAGGAAGUUUCUCCAAUUAGGUUUCUUUGGAAGGGCAAUCAACUCUGUUUUGAAGGCAUUAACGUUUGUUAAACAAGGCGUGGGAAUUAACAGUGCCUCACAAAAGGUAUGGAAGGCUUUGGGUGAUUGCCUUCGAGUAUUUGUCAAGAUUCGCGAACGUGUUAGCGAUGUUCCAUUUGAUCUUGUUGUAGGUCUUUUUGACAACGUUGAUUUUGGCAAUUUUGAGUAUCCAUUGAAUGAGUCAAUUUCAGUGGCUGACGCAAGAGCAAAAUUAGUAGAAGGGAGGGAUAUGGAAUCGCUUUUCUUGUUGAUCAUACUUGCUUCUGUCGCAUCAUUAAACAAUUUACCAUUUAAGGCGAACAAGGUGCUCAAGGCUACUGGGUUUUACAAUCUUGGCUUGUCCUUGUUGGAGUCAUUUCAGGAGAUUGGAAAUGCUGAAUUUCGGAACUUGUCAGUAUACUAUCUUAAACGUGCCAUCAAAAUCGAGCAAAACAAUGCCAAUUAUUGGAUAGCAUUAGGUAAUGCAUAUUUUACAACCAAUCCACAGAUCUCACAACAUUGUUAUAUAAAAGCAACUACGUUGGAAGUGAAGGAUGCGGAAAUUUGGGUGAAUUUAGCUAUCUUGUAUUUGAAUUUUGGUGAUACUCAAUUAUCUCAAGAGACCUUUUUGCGAGCCCAGUCCGUAGCACCGCAAGAUCCACAAUCAUGGCUUGGUAAUGCCGUUGCUUCGGAAGUGGUUGGAGAUGACGAAAAGGCGUCCAGUCAGUAUAUUCAUGCAUUCACAUUGUCCAAAGGUAGAUUGGCUUUAGCGCUGUUUUUGUAUGGAUUAUCGGUGGUCAAUCGCAGUAAUGAUUGUGAUCCAAAAGAUAUUGAGACUGCGCAGGAAUUCAGUAUUAGUAACCAAGCCAUGCAUCAAUACUUGAAAUAUUAUCCAAAAGAUGAAGCCGCAUUGGGCGUGGGUCUUUCCAUUGCUGAAAGGUGUAAAGAUUUCGAAACUGCUAUAGAUUUGGGGACCAAAUUGUGCUCACUCUAUGAAAAACUGUAUGAGGAGACUGAGAGUGAGGUUACAUUGCUGAAAUUUGCAAACACAAAGAGUCAAUUAGCAAGAUUAUAUUUAGGAUCGGGUGAUUAUGAAUAUGCCAUCGAGGAAGCGAAAACUGCUCUUGAACUUGACCCUGAACUGGAGAAGAUUGUGAUUUCGGUAAGACUUACACUUGGGUUGGCUUAUUUUCUCACCAAUAGAUUUCAAGAUGCGAUCGGUGAGUUAAAAAUUGUCUUGAGUGAGUAUAGCGACUCUCCGAGAAUUAUUGCAUUGAUUGCUCAAGUUUUAUAUGCACAUAAUUCAAAGGAGUCAAAGCAAGCUGCUAUUGAUCAACUUUUUGCACAUAUUGAAGAGAAUGGGUCAUCUUUGUUGAUUGUGCUCACCCUUGGUGCUAUUUCAUUAGUUGAGGAUUUACCUGAGUACCUUGACGCUGUAAAGGAGGAUUUAUUGGGCUUAAACUUAAAUGACAUUGUCACAGACACAAGAAGGGAAGUGCCUCGUUUGAUUGAUGAAAUUAAUGAAAGAUUAGGUAAGGAUGAGGACAAGAUAUGGAGUAGAUAUGCAUACAUGUUUCCAUUCAGCUAUCAUAUUUGGAAACACAUCAAUGUGGAAAUGGCAAAGCUAGUGAUUACAUCAAGAGAUGAAAAAGUUACUAGUAACGAGUAUGCUGAUGCAAUGACAAGGACAGGUAAAUUGAGAGAUAUACAACGUGGAUUAAUGAUGAAUCCUUGUAAUACGGAGGCCAUAGAGGCAAUGAAUUCGUGUAUAGCUUAG